CCCCACCCAGGGCCGACGGGCGGGCCCCGCGGCGCCGCUUCCGGUGCGGGCCCCGCCCCGGCUGUGGCCCCAGGCUGCCGACUAGUCGAAGAAGCAGCGGUGGUCUGGGGGUCUGAGCUGCUACUUCUUUCACCGCCCGCGGACCUGGAGCGCCUGGUACAGGUUUAGACCCAGUGUGCCUCCUGGGCUGUGCCCAGGUUCAGAGCCAUGCCAAUUGGAGGGUGAAGCUGGAGGCCGUGAUGGAGCCACUGCAACAACAAGCAGCUCAGCCAGGACCACCGCAGCCACCAAACCUAGCUCCUCUGGGGAUGGAUGCCAGAGAGAAGCAAGGACAGCAGAUGAGAGAAGCCCAGUUCUUGUAUGCCCAGAAGCUAGUCACACAAACUCUGCUUUCUGCCACACCUGGGCGGCCUUCUGGUAGCUCUUCCCUGGGUCCCUUAGUCAGAGUUCCUCCAGCCACAGCAGUGACCCGAGUUUUUGAAGGGAACAGCGCAAACUCAGAGCCUGAGGAAGAGGAGGGAGGCUUGGAAGAUGACGAUGGGGAUGAUGACAUUGCAGAAGUGGCUGAGAAAGAGGCCCAGGCUGCUUCAAAAUAUUCUCAAGGGCAGAAAGUGGCUUGCCAAGACCCUAGAGCAGCACCCAUAUCUGGUCUUCUUCCAGCACCAGGGCUCCCACCACAUGGACAGCAAGCCCAAGAAGACCAUACCAAAGAUGCUACCAAAGCCCCACCUACAGUCUCCACAGCUGGGCAGCCAGGCUGGAAUCAGGAUGAGCAGCUUAAACAGAAUGGUGGCUUGGCUUGGAGUGAUGAUGCAGAUGGAGGCCGAGGAAGAGAGAUCUCUCGAGACUUUGCCAAGCUGUAUGAACUGGAUGGUGAUCCGGAAAGGAAAGAGUUCCUGGAUGACCUCUUCAUCUUUAUGCAGAAGAGGGGGACCCCCAUCAACCGAAUCCCUAUCAUGGCCAAGCAAAUCCUUGACCUAUAUAUGCUGUACAAGCUGGUGACAGAGAAGGGGGGCCUGGUGGAGAUCAUCAACAAGAAGAUCUGGAGGGAGAUCACCAAAGGCCUAAACCUCCCCACGUCCAUCACCAGUGCCGCCUUCACCCUGAGGACCCAGUACAUGAAGUACCUCUAUGCUUACGAGUGUGAGAAGAAAGCCUUGAGCUCCCCAGCUGAGCUCCAGGCAGCCAUUGAUGGCAACAGACGGGAGGGCCGGCGGCCCAGCUACAGCUCCUCCCUCUUUGGCUACUCACCCGCUGCCACUGCUGCCACUGCCGGGGGCCCUGCCCUUCUGCCUACAGCCAAGAUCCGCUUCCCCAUCCUUGGGCUGGGCUCCAGCAGUGGUACCAGUGCCAGCAGCCCUCGGAUCUCUCCAGCAACUACCCUCAGGAAAGGUGAUGGAGUCCCGGUGACAACAGUGCCUGUGUCAAAUCGACUGGCUGUGCCCCUGACUUUGGCAGGCCAGCAGGCUGGCACCCGGGUAGCCACGCUAGAGCAGCUGCGGGAGCGGCUGGAGUCAGGGGAGCCCCCUGAGAAGAAGGCGUCCAGGCUGUCAGAGGAGGAGCAGCGCCUGGUGCAGCAGGCUUUUCAGCGCAACUUUCUCAGCAUGGCACGGCAGCUGCCCAUGAAGAUUCGGGUCAAUGGGAGGGAAGACAGAUCAGAGGCUUCGGCUACGGCACUGAAUCUGCCCACAGGCGGCGUCGGGAGCAUUAGCAUGUCCGUGGACAUCGAUGGCACCACCUACGCAGGCGUGCUGUUUGCCCAGAAGCCCAUGGUCCACCUUAUCGCCGGGUCUGCUCCCCAGAGCACCAGCAGCAGCGCCAGCAGCAGCAGCAGUUCUCACUGCUCACCCAGUCCUACCUCAUCCCGGGGCACCCCCAGUGCAGAGCCCUCCACCAGCUGGUCCCUCUGAGGGGCAGGACCCAGCUCCUACUCCCGCUCUUCUGUCAAGAGUGAGGGGAGUUGCUGCACAAAAUUUACCUCAUCUCACGGAUCCCAUGUCAAAUACCAUUUGGCCAGAUGUUGAGAGUUUGGAUGUGUCCACCUCUCCAGGCUCCAGUCAGGUCCUGCUGUAUUCUGGGGACAGGGAGAGGCUGGAGGGCAGGACGGGGCAGCGUUGUCCAAUCAGGGAUUGUCCCGGGGAAAUGGGUGGGGUCUGCGGGCAGCCGGCUUCCUGGGGAUUCCCAGGCCAUCCCCCCUUCCUGGGCACAGUGUAUUGACAAUCUGUAAGCCGACAUAGGGCUGGAAGCCCUCACAUCCCUUCCCCUUUAAUUUAUUUUCCUUGCCCUGCCUUCUGUCAUGACCCCAGGGUCACUGUUCCUUCCCCUGCUCAGUGCCCCAAUCUUCCUCUCUCGUGUGGGUCUGCUGGGAGCCAAGAGCAUGCCUUCGUAGCCCUUCUCUACUGAGCAUGAGAUAGGACUGUUCUUGUCUCCCAUGUUGGUUCUUAGGGUGCGGGUCCCUCAAAUUUGAAGCAGUCCUCAUGGCCCUCUAGUCCCCUUGUAAUGGCUCCGAAAGGUCACGUGAAGGCACUCCUGAGGUCCCAGGGCCUGUUGGAUGUCUGCUGUAGCACCCACUUCCUGCUAACCCUCGUCCGGCCCUCAGACCUCGUGCUGCCCACUCUCGCUGGUUGGCCAGCUCUCCCGAGAACAGCCCACUUGUCCCUUGGCCCCCUUCUUCUCAUGGGGCCAUCUCUGCCCGAAUAUCCCCAAGCCUGCCGAUGUCAGGUUCAUUGAAAUACCUCAGAUUUGUAAUUGUUGAUGUUUGAUUCUUCAGGAAGUAUUUGCAUUUCUGAAAUCUUUUUUAUAUGUGUUUUGCUGACUUUUGUUCUUUUAUUUUAAAAUUUUUAUUGUUAUUAUAGCACCAAAGAAGUAAAAGCAGAUCACCCCAAAGCCAAACAAAUGAUUUGGUACCCCAGCCCCUCUGAGAGCUUGGUGAGGAGGCUGGGAGGCAGGCAGGAGAGACGACUCAGGGAAUUACAGCAGCAGGGAGGCGGUGGACGAGAAGCCCGCUCUCGCACAGGCUGGGUCCUACGACCACACCGUUUCUGAAGAUGGUCCUGGACUCAGUUCCUGCCAGAGCCGGGCUAGUCCCAGCCCCCACCACCCGCUCUCCGGUGGGGGCCAGACGUCUCCCCUUCACUCCACACUCCCACCUCAGGACGGGCAGGUCAUGGCCCGUCCAGAGGAUGUGAUGCUGAAAGAGGUCCAUCUCCUCUUGGACCCCGGGGUGGAGCAGGCUGCUCCUGUGUGGUAAGGAAGAGCUGAUUCUCACACAAGGCUCACCUCGCAGCGUUCGGCAGACACCACCCACCGCUAUGUUGCCCAGUUGUGGUGGGAGCCCAUGCUAGCACAAGCCCACAGCCAGCUAACAUUCCGUAGCAUCGAGGAACGGAAAGGGAAUUCCAGAGCUUGAGCACAGAAUGUGCCUCAGCCUGGUAAGCUGCAGCUCUACUGGACCGUGUCUCUUCCCUCCCCCAACCCUCUACACACAUUCACAUGGUCCCCCUCCACCAGGGCUGACCCUCUUCCAGCCUCAGAGGCCUUCCCACCUUACUCACCAGGCAAGUGAGGGUGUGGGCAGAGAAGGGCUUCUGGGAUCUGGUGCCAGGAAGGAGCCCAGUUGGCUGGCACUGGGCCCACUUGAAGGUGUCACAGACAUUUUGCCAGUGUGUUUUUCUCAGGGGUUUGGUCAUGAAGAAUGGACUCUUCCCAGCCAGAAGAUGCAGGGACAACAUGCUGUGUCUUUCUGGUCAUCGGAUUCCCUCCCGUAGGCAGCUUGCCCAGCCUCCCCCUCUCAGUGAGGCCCAGCUGACCUCAGGACCACAGAGGGGUCUCAACCUGAAAGCCCGAGAAGGGGGGCACCAGCAGGUGUCUCUGGGCCAAGAGGAGCUUCCCCUGGAAGUGCAGUCCUGAAGGCCAGGAGGCGGGCAGCCAGGGCAGCUGCACCCACUCACCCUCCCUGUCUUUUGUGUUUUCUAGCCAGGAAAAGCGGGAUAGCACAUGGGUAGCCUAGGCAGUGGAGAAAUACCUCAGAUGCCCUCUUGCAGCAAGUGUCUGUAUAUGUUGUGGUUAUUUUCUAUCUUACAUGUUCUUGAAUGUUUAUAUUUCAAUAAACCUCUACCUCUUCACACAA